AUGCAAAAAUCUGAAAAUGACGUACCUAUGAUUAUGCAGUCAAGCUGGUUGGUCAAUGAAGUGAUUAAAUCUAUUAAUAGCAAUGGGCAGUAUAUCAAUUCAUUAAUCAAAAAAGACUUUCAACCAACAGUUUUACCAGUUUCGUUUGUUUUGAGAAUAUUAAAGUUCACGGCAACAACUGAUUCAAAAGACAUCACUGCAGUAUUGGCGGAUUCAACGCACAAGAUAUUCGCUAUAUUUUUGUUUUCUCCUGCAAUUGUUGAUUUUGAGAACAAGUAUCAUCACAGAAUGACUUACAACACUCGAAGCAGUGUGAUACGUAUACAUAAAGCCAAUUUGAGAUUUAUGGACCAAUCCACUGUCAAUAAAUGUUAUAAUAUGAAAACUAAUGGGAACUUGGCAAUUGCAGUGCUAGAAAUCUUGGAGUUUGAUAUAUUCUUGAAAGACCAAUACCUGUUUAUUACUUCAAUUGAAAACAGAUUGAAGUACGUUUAUGAAGAUACAAGAUACGAUCAGCUAUGCAGGGAGAAAAUGCAUAGACCAGAAUAUGACGAUUUGAUGUGUGACAUGUAA